AUGUUACAGACGACAUCUCAUUCUAGCAUUGUCGACCUAUCGAACCCUCACCGUCAUAGCAGCGCCACUGCCGCUACCGUUAUCCUUCGUGCCGAUAAUUGCAAGAAUGACUUUCAAAACUUUAAGGAAGGUUUGUAUCGCAACUCAAAAAUCUAUCGUAUCAUCCUAGGCGAACACAUCCGUUAUUCCAAACUGGCGUUAAAUAAAUGGCAUAUCAUGAACCUGAAAUUGGUAACUGAAUUCGGUUUACCGCCUCAGGGUAUGUUGCCUUAUAAUCAAAUGGAAGAACUACCAAUCACUUGUCAGAUAUUACAACUUCAGCAUAGUAGAAAAGAUGGCUCAUCUGCAGCUAAGCGCUUCAUCACUUCCUCCACUCUGAAAAUUGAAUGUCGUUUGUAUGUGGAGAAGGAUCAGUGGAAGAUAACCUAUGAAAAACCCCAAGAAGCGGAUGAUCACAUUUUGAUUCAAUAUAGAAUUACUUCUGUACCCAACAGUUAUUUAAUCUGUCAAGAAAUUUGGGAUAAUGGAACACCAGGAAAAUUAUGGGAUUCAGCAUUAGUGAUGAUCAACCUGUUCAAUAUCAUGUUCCAGCUGGAUAAGACUUUUCUUUCAGGGAAGCGUAUCUUGGAUUUGAGUGCUGGAACUGGUACUAUGGGUUUAUCCAUUGCUCAAAACUGUCGACUCUACAAUACCACUAACCCUCCAGAAAUCGUCAUGACAGAUCUAGAGGAUGCACUUCCACUAAUAAACAGUAACAAGACCUUGAACUGCAUCACCCGUAAUGUUCACGUCAAAAAGUUGAAAUGGGGAAGCGGCAGUGAUAUUCAUCGUAUCAUCGGUGAUCGACCUUUUGAUUAUAUCUUUAUCUCAGAUGUUUUGUACAACACCAUGGAUUUUCCUGCCCUUGUUGCCACCUUCCGUCAACUCGUUUACUGUAGCAGCAGAUCGAACAAAGAGACUGUCAUCAUUAUGGGCUAUAAACCAAGAGGUUUGAAAAAGAACGAGGAGGAUCUAUUUUUCAACGACUGCCGCAUGUAUAUGAAUAUUACAAAAAUGACAGUAUCGACAUUUGCUAGUGAACUAACUCCCAGAAACAGUAACCACCCCUUCUUUGAACAGACUUCGAUCUUGGAUGAUACAGGCGUAUGCCUUUAUCAGUUCACUAAAAAGAAAUCACCCAGCAUCUGUAAAUAG